AUGGAGUCUGUCCGAAGCCUCUACAAAAAUGACGUCGAUUUUGCAGCCUUGGGGCUGCAAUCGCGCGACUUCGCCAAGCACUUGAAACCAAACGGACAACUUGACUUUACUGAUCCAGCGGCCGUCCGACAACUCACCACCACCCUCCUGCAACAAGAUUUUGACCUGAAAGUUGAGAUCCCUGAGGAUCGACUGUGUCCACCGGUACCAAAUAGACUCAACUACAUCCUCUGGCUACAUGACCUCCUUGACUCCACCGCCGGAGGACUGCAUGAGGAGUAUGACCGGGACCGGGAGGUCGUCGGGCUCGAUAUCGGAACGGGAUGCAUCGCUAUCUACCCACUUCUGGGCUGCGCGACACGGCCGCGGUGGAAAUUUGUAGCAACAGACAUCGACUCGAACAAUAUCCGCACCUCCCAGCAUAAUGUGGCUCUGAACAAUCUUAGAUCACGAAUUCAGAUUGUAAAUUCUGACCCCAACGGACCCCUAUUCCCGUUAGAAAAGCUAGGUCACCAAACCCUUGACUUUACCAUGUGCAACCCACCCUUUUAUGCCUCGCCUAAUGAGCUGAAGCAGUCUGCUGAGCAGAAAGAACGAGACCCAUUUUCGACCUGCACCGGCGCGGAAGUUGAAAUGGUGACUCACGGAGGAGAAGUGGCUUUCGUGAAGCAAAUGAUCGACGAGAGUCUCCAGCUGCGUGACCGCAUCCAGUGGUACACAUCCAUGCUCGGCAAAUUGAGCAGUAUCAACGUACUCGUAGAGAUGCUGAUCAAGCAUGGAAUCACCAAUUUCGCCGUCACCGAGUUCGAGCAGGGAAGCAAGACGAAGCGCUGGGCCGUGGCGUGGUCAUUGGGAGACCGAAGGCCUGCCAUGAAUAUUGUGCGCGGAAUCCCGGGCUGCCCGAAGAGUCUUUUGCCUUUCCCUGCAGAUUACACAUUCACUCUACCACCUGGCACGUCUAUUGACACUGCAACUGCGACUAUAGAUACAGAACUCAGUUCGUUGCCUUGGUUCUGGACCUGGAAUCAAACACGUUCUGCCGGGACGGGAUUCGCUUCUGAGAAUGUAUGGUCGAGAUUCGCACGUCGGAAAAUGAAACUUGCCGGCGAGGAGGGUGCGGCUAAAUUUAAGGCGAUUCCGGACCAGGUGGCGCUGGGGGUACGUCUGCAGAUACGGUUGGUCCGGGGACAGAAACCGGACGAGAGAGAGGUGAAGGUUUUAGUUCGCUGGGCCCAGGGGACAGACACUGUCUUGUUCGAGAGCUUUUGCGGGAUGGUGAAGAGAAAGUUGGAAUCAAAAUGA